AUGUACAAAUUUUACCGAGUUACUGAAAAAGCUGAAGGCAAUGUGACAACCUUCGAAGGCGAAUAUAUUGACGAUAAAGAUCAUAAAGUUUUAACGUUAGCCGGACCAGAAGAAGUUUGUACAUGGUGUAAACUUGAUAGAAGAUCAAUUCAUAUUCAGCAUACAGAUGUCCUUGUACUACGACAAUAUCUUCGAAAAGACGGAACAAUAUUGCCAAAAGAGAUAACUGGCCUUUGUUUUAAUCAACAUAAUAAAUUACUUGCACUUAUUAAACACGCAAGAAUGACUGGACUUAUAUCAUAUCCAACCGUUGCUGUGACAAAACGUGAACCACUAAUUAUUGAUCCAACAUUAAGACCAGAAUGGGAAAGAAAUAAUUCCUAUUGGGAAAAUUAUGAGAUUUUGCGGAAGAAAAGACGCUAUAUUUAA